AUGUCGAUCUCGGACUCGGUGUCAGUUUCGGACUCGUAUUCUUCCUCGGGUUCGGAGUCUUCGUUUCUUGCCAUAAAUGCAAGAUGGCUCGAGUACUUCGUCUCCUCUAGCGCCGGCCUCGGCCUCUACAUCUUCCUUAUCCUUCUUCCCUUCAUCGUCCUGUGCCCGCUCUACUACUACUAUCAUAAGAAGGGUGGUUGUUACAAUCAGCACCAUCCCUUAAAAUUUUUUCUACUCGGAAUUUUUACGGUCUCCAUCUGCUUCGCCGUCGGGUUGACGUGUGCAUUCACCAGCGGAAAAGUAAUUCUGGAGUCGGUGAUCCUCACGGUGGUAGUGGUUGUGAGCCUCACCCUGUACACCUUCUGCACGGCUUUCAGAGGCCACGAUUUCAGCUUCCUUGGACCAUUUCUAUUCUCCGCCAUCAUCAUACUGAUGCUCUUUGCUCUCAUCCAGGUGAUAUUCCACUUGGGAAAGAUAUCGACUAUGAUUUAUGGAGCUAUCGCCGCAAUUAUAUUCUGUGGAUACAUAAUCUAUGACAUAGAUAACCUGAUCAAAUGCUACUCCUACGAUGAGUACAUUUGGGCAGCGGUGGCGCUGUACUUGGACAUCAUCAACUUGUUCUUGUGUCUGCUUACUUUGUUCAGAGCAUUUGAAAGUUAAUUAAGGAAGAACCAAGGAAGCCGCAACAAUGCGCUGUUAGUACUCGAGGUCAAUGUUCA